CACAGCCAACUAAAACAAAUCCUCUUAUCUCUCUCUCUCUCUCUCUCUCUCUCUCUCUAAAUUAAGAGUUGGGUUUGCUUGCUAGCAAUAACUAUGGCUAAGCUUCUCUGUGUUAUGCUUCUAGCACUCCUUGCCAUUUCCAUGGUUGCGACUCAGGUUUGGGCAAAAGAAGCAGAAUACCAUCUAGAGAGUGGGAAAUAUGGACCUGGAAGUCUUAAGAGCUACCAAUGCCCAUCAGAAUGCACAAGGAGAUGCAGCAAGACACAAUACCACAAGCCAUGCAUGUUCUUCUGCCAAAAAUGCUGCAACAAGUGCCUUUGUGUUCCUCCUGGCUUUUAUGGCAACAAAGCUGUGUGCCCCUGCUACAACAACUGGAAGACCAAGAGAGGAGGACCAAAAUGCCCUUGAACUACUAUAUAUAUAUAUAUAUAUAUAUUCCUAUUAAUACUGGGGUUUUAUCCUAAUUUACCAUUAAUUAACACUAAGUGUUAAUCUUAUUAUUUGCUUUAUCUGGCAUAUCCUAUUUGUUUUUUUUUUUUUUUUUGUCUCCCCUUUUGUGGCCUAAGUUUUUGAAGAAAAUUGGAGAUUGUACUCAACUAAUAUAUAAGGUAUCCUAUUUAUGUCA